AUGGACUUUGGCUCCAAACUCAGCAGUUUUGGAGCUACUUCCCAAAACAGCAGGUGGGCUGGGGAGCAGCUGACCCCAGAGCGGGCUCAGUCAUUGCCCCACACAGACAGGAGCUGCAGGAGCCCUGUGCUGGCUGCCUGUACUUGCAUGCAGAGCCUGCGAAGUGCCCUGGCCUCUGCCACCCGCUGGGCCCCCGGAUCGGCGGUGACGGGCUGGGGGGGACGUUCGGGCAGUGCGGGCUGGCGGCGGGGGACCGGGAAGGCCGCGAGGCCCGGCGGGGUCGAGAUUCGGAGUUGGCGGGUCCGAGGCCCGGCUGGAGUGCUGAGUUUGUUCUGUGUGGGGCUGCUGAUGGUGGAGACGGUGUCCGGGGCCAGGGGCCCAUUUACAGGGGCCCACAUUGGCCCCCAGUUUUCAGCCUUAGGUGUGAACCAGACCCCCAUGGAAGACUGUCGUGACGUGUGUGGCCUGAACGUCUCUGACCGCUGUGACUUCAUCCGGGCCACCCCUGACUGCCAAAGCCAAGGGGGUUACCUGAACUACCUCGAGGGCGUCUUCUGCCACUUCCCCCCUAACCUCCUCCCUCUGGCCAUCACCCUCUAUGCUUUCUGGCUACUCUACCUGUUUCUGAUUCUGGGAGUCACAGCGGCGAAGUUUUUCUGCCCUAACUUGUCAGCCAUUUCCACCGUGCUCAAGCUCUCCCACAACGUGGCUGGCGUCACCUUCCUGGCCUUCGGGAACGGCGCGCCCGAUGUCUUCAGCGCCCUGGUGGCUUUCUCGGAUCCGCGCACAGCCGGCCUGGCCUUCGGGGCGCUGUUUGGCGCGGGUGUGCUGGUUACCACCGCGGUGGCCGGUGGCAUCGCCAUCUUGCGCCCCUUCACGGCCGCCUCCAGGCCCUUUCUCAGAGACAUUGUUUUCUACAUGGUGGCCGUGUUCCUGGCCUUCACCGCACUCUACCUUGGCAGGGUCACACUGGCAUGGGCCCUGGCUUACCUAGGUUUGUAUGUGUUCUAUGUGGUCACCGUGGUUCUCUGCACCUGGAUCUACCGAUGGCAGCGCAAGAGAUCCCUGGUCUACUCCAGGCCAGGCACUCCAGAAAUGCUCUCAGAUUCUGAAGAGGAGCCCGUGUCUUCCAACAGCUAUGACUACAGCGAAGAGUACCGCCCGCUGCUCUUCUACCAGGAGACCACAGUUCAGAUCCUGGCCCGGGCCCUCAACCCCCUGGAUUACAGGAAGUGGAGGAGCAAGUCAGUGUAUUGGAGGGCCCUCAAGGUGGUCAAGCUGCCCGUGGAGUUCCUGAUGCUGCUCACCGUCCCCGUCGUGGACCCCGACAAGGAAGACGGGAACUGGAAACGGCCCCUCAACUGCCUGCACCUGGUCAUCAGCCCGCUGGUCUUGAUCCUGACCCUGCAGUCGGGGGCCUAUGGCGUCUAUGACAUAGGUGGCCUCGUUCCUGUCUGGGUCAUCGUGGUGAUUGCAGGGACAGCCGUGGCUGCGGUGACCUUUUUUGCCACAUCCAACAGCGAGCCCCCCAGGCUUCACUGGCUCUUUGCUUUCCUGGGCUUCCUGACCAGCGCCCUGUGGAUCAACGCAGCGGCCACGGAGGUGGUGAACAUCUUGCGGUCCCUGGGAGUGGUCUUCCGGCUGAGCAACACUGUCCUGGGGCUCACACUGCUGGCCUGGGGGAAUAGCAUUGGAGAUGCCUUCUCAGAUUUCACACUGGCCCGCCAGGGCUACCCGCGGAUGGCGUUCUCGGCCUGUUUCGGCGGCAUCAUCUUGAAUCUGCUGGUGGGAGUGGGGCUGGGCUGCCUGCUUCAGAUCUCCAGGAGCCACAUGGCGGAGGUGAAGCUGGAGCCAGAUGGACUGUUGGUGUGGGUCUUGGCGGGCGCCCUGGGCCUCAGCCUCGUCUGCUCCCUGGUCUCGGUCCCACUGCAGUGCUUCCAGCUGAACAAAGUCUACGGCUUCUGCCUGCUCCUCUUCUAUGUGAACUUCCUCGUGGUGGCCCUGCUGACAGAAUUUGGGGUGAUUCACUUGAAAAGUGCGUGAAUGACGCCAUGUGUCCGGGGCCGCCUGGUGGCCAGGAGGUGUCACUGCAGGCGGCGAGAUGGACGGCUGGCCUG